AUGCAGCUGCUGCAGCUGGGCAACCACUGGGACCACAAUGAGGAAGGGACUCUGUUUGAGGGCGAGUGUCAGCAUUGGGAGCUCUCCGGCUGCCCUCAGGCACAGAGGCUGGCCUCAUCCCGCCAGCUAGCCCUCUUCUCCCUCAGGUCUCUGCUGCCCCUGCUGGACCCAGACUCCGGGCUCCUGAUCCUGGCAGGAAAGGGGGAGAGUCAGUUGUACUGCUACGAGGUGGCCCCCCAGCAGCUCGCACUGAGCCCAGUGACCCAGUGCCUCCUGGAGAGCGUGCUGCGCGGGGUGGCUCUCGUGCCCCGGCGGGCACUGGCCGUCAUGGGCUGCGAGGUGCUCCGCGUCCUGCAGUUGAGCGAUGCGGCCAUCGUGCCUGUCAGCUACCAUGUGCCUCGCAAGGCUGUGGAGUUCCACGAGGACCUGUUCCCAGACACGGCAGGCUGCGUGCCUGCCUCCGACCCCCAUGCCUGGUGGGCUGGGAGCAACCAGCAGGUGCAGAAGGUUAGCCUCCACCCAGCUCACCGGCCCUACCCCAGCUUCACUUCCUGCCUGGUGCCCCCCACGGAGCCCUCCUCUGAUGCAGCCCCGCCAGCAGCAGCCCCGCCUGCAGAGACACCUGUGGGUGAUGCGGACCCCAGCGAGGGCUUCUCCUCCCCUCUCAGCUCGCUGACCUCGCCCUCCACGCCCUCCAGCCUGGGGCCCUCCCUCUCUAGCACCAGUGGCAUCAGCACCAGCCCCAGCCAGAGGUCCCUACAGAGCCUGCUGGGCCCCAGUUCCAAGUUCCGCCAUGCUCAGGGCGCCGUCCUGCACCGAGACAGCCACAUCACCAACCUCAAGGGACUCAACCUCACCACGCCUGGCGAGAGUGACGGAUUCUGUGCCAACCAGCUACGCGUGGCCGUGCCCUUGCUCAGCAAUGGUGGGCAGGUGGCUGUGCUUGAGCUACAGAAGCCUGGCCGCCUGCCUGACACAGCACUGCCCACGCUGCAGAAUGGGGCAGCUGUGACGGAUCUGGCUUGGGACCCCUUUGACCCCUACCGCCUUGCUGUUGGUGGGGAGGAUGCCAGGAUCCGACUGUGGCGGGUGCCCCCAGAGGGCCUGCAGGAGGUGCUCACAACACCUGAGGCUGUGCUCACAGGCCACACAGAGAAGAUCUACUCUCUGCGCUUCCACCCACUGGCAGCUGAUGUGCUGGCCUCCUCUUCCUAUGACCUUACCAUUCGGAUCUGGGACCUUCAGGCCAGAGCUGAGCGGUUGAGGCUGCAGGGCCACCGGGACCAGAUCUUCAGCCUGGCUUGGAGUCCUGAUGGACGGCAUCUGGCCACUGUCUGCAGGGACGGGUACUUGCGGGUCUAUGAGCCCCGGGGUGGCCCUGAGCCCCUGCAGGAAGGCCCAGGGCCUGAGGGGGCCCGUGGAGCCCGUGUUGUCUGGGUCUGUGAUGGUCACUGUCUGCUGGUGUCUGGUUUUGACAGCCGAAGUGAGCGUCAGCUACUCCUAUACCCCACCGAGGCCCUGGCCGGUGGUCCUUUGGCAGUGCUGGGGCUGGACGUGGCUCCCUCGACCCUGCUUCCCAGCUAUGACCCAGACACCAGCCUGGUGCUACUCACGGGCAAGGGCGACACCCGCGUGUUCCUGUACGAGCUGCUCCCCGAGGCUCCUUUCUUCCUAGAGUGCAAUAGCUUCACGUCCCCGGAUCCCCACAAGGGCUUCAUCCUCUUGCCCAAGACAGAGUGUGACGUGCGGGAAGUAGAGUUUGCCCGAUGCCUACGGCUUCGCCAGACCUCCCUGGAGCCUGUCGCCUUCCGGCUACCCCGAGUCAGGAAAGAGUUCUUCCAGGAUGAUGUUUUCCCAGACACAGCCUUGAGCUGGGAGCCGGUGCUCAGUGCCAGCGCCUGGCUGGGAGGUGCUAAUGGGCAGCCCCGGCUUAUCAGCCUGCAGCCUGCCGGCAUGACCCCAGUAAGCCAGGCCCCCCGUGAAGCCCCUGCCCGACGGGUCCCACCCUCAGCACUCUACCUGGAAGAGAAGUCAGACCAGCAAAAGAAGGAGGAGCUGCUAAAUGCCAUGGUGGCCAAGCUGGGGAACCGGGAGGACCCGCUCCCCCAGGACUCCUUUGAAGGUGUGGACGAGGACGAGUGGGACUAGCCUGCCCACCACUACCUCUAGCCUCACCGGCUGCUGCCACCUCCUAGAACCACCUGGUGUGGUGCCCCCUGCACACCUCACUUCUCACCCUCAAACUGGAAGAUGCCUCCUGGCCCUGGCACACCUUGUCCCAAAAGCCCUGGCUUCCUCUGGGCCUUGGGCACUUCUGUGGCCUCUGGGCCCCGCUGCAACUCCUGUGGAUUGUCUGCACCUCUGCUUUCUGUGGGACUGGCUGCUUCUCCGCUGCCUGCUAGCAUGUGGAACCAGGGGCGUGGCAGUGGGGUGGGGUGGGGUGGGAGUAGGGGUCAGUAGCACGCCCCUGGGCUAGUCCCAGCCUGGGCUGGCUUCGCCCAGCACCUUCAGUUGUUACACGCCAUCCCAUCUUGCCUGCUGGCCCACUUCUAGUCAAGAGCCUUGGGGGCUGGCCCCCUGCCAGGCCAUUUGGAGCAGCAUCAGUCUCAGGGGCCAGGGACCAGCUGCCCUCCUCCUCAGGUUUGAAACCAGUAGAAGGGGGCAUUACAGAGCUGAUGGCCCAAUCAAGGGGGGUGUGAACCCCUCAGGGACUGGCCUGAAUAUACCCUGGAUGUUUUCAGCAAUUAAACUUUUCUAAGCUGA